AUGUUAUUUUAAAUACUGUUUAUAGCGUAGUUAGCAAAAUCUGAGUGGAGACUUAUUUAAAGUUCAUUUUAUUAAGAAAGUUUGCCAAACUCUUAAGGAUGGGAUUUUAAAUAAUCGUGUACAAUUGACACAAUAAAAUCAGACUCAAUUAGAUAAUGUUAAUCAAAUCAACUAGAUAUUAUUCGUUUGAAAGAUGAUCGAACAAGACUGGAAAAGCAAUUUUAUUAUCCUCAUUUUUAACUUCGAAUUAUCACUGAUGUUAUUUACAUUAGGGCAAAAUCAGGCUCUAAUUCGGAGUUUAAAAUAACUGUUAUUGACUCUGGAGGUGCAACUCCAAUAUUUUCUAGAACUUAUUAAGAAUCUUCAAUAUAAUAAUAUGACAAAGUUUGUCAAAAUAGUUGCGGUGGAAGUUGCGGUGGAUUGGAUGAAACAAGAAUAGAAUUAAAAACAGUAAUAUUUAAUGCAAUAAAUCAUUCUUAAUCUGUUUUUGGCAUUUCAUAUUGUUAUAUAUAUCAAGAUUCAGAUAUGAGGGUUGGAUUAAGAAAUAUACUAAUAUAUGUUAAUACAUGUCAUUUUACUUGUGCAUCUUGUUCAGGAAGUACUUAAUAUGAAUGUUUAACUUGUUAUUAAGGAGGAUUAUAAGGAGGUGUAUGUAAAUGUGAUGAAUCAAAUUCUUAUGUUUAGAUUUUGACUGGUUGUUCAUAAGAAUGUCCUAGAGAUUAUUAUUUAGCAGAUGAUUCUAAAUACUGUUAAUUUGAUUCGAGUAAUUUUUGAAUUAUAAUUUAGGAAUAAAAUCAAAGCUGAGUUAUUUUACUACAACUACAUUAAACAACGGUAAUUUAUUACCAUAUGAUCCUUGGGUAUAUGUACCUGAUAUAUUUUAUCCAUCCAAUACAAAUAAAUUAACUUAAUGUGGAAGUGAGGAUUUAAUUGGAAAAUUUUAAAAUUAUGAAAUGAUUUAUUUGAAAUUAGUUGAGCAUAAAGGACUGAAAUUUUUAAGAAUAAGAGCUUCUUUUUUUUUAUUUGGAUGGUAAACUGGAUCAUCCUUAAGAAUAACUGUUGAUUCUUAUUCACAAGGUCAAAUUUUAAAAACCGCAUCUAAUUAUACUAUUUUAAAUGCUAGAUUAAAUAAGUUUAGUAGUUCAAGUUGUUCAGGUGAUAAUUAUGAUUUUUUACGAAUUGAAACAGUUCUUAAGACUUAUACUACAACUCCUAUAAUUAAGAUUUAAGCAGUACCUAUUCUAUAAACUGAAUUUUGGGCAUUCAAAAAUUUAACUAUUGAUUAUGGAUUAUGUUAAAGUAAUUGUACUUCAUGUGAAACAUACUCUAGAUGCUUAAUUUGUGAUUCAGGAUUUAAAUUAUAUAGAGGAACAUGUGUAAAUCCAUGUCCCAUCCAUACAACUUUAUUGGCUAAUGGAACAUGUUAAGAUUUUGAAGAUAUUUUAGAAAGUAAGGAUCAUAACUUUAUUUAUUAGAUAGUAGAUAUUUGGUAAAAGCUUUUUAUGAUAUGAACACUACAUUUGAAGGAGUUUCAUCAAUAAUUGAUAAUUUUACAGAUUUAGCUGGAGCAAUUAAGACUUCAUUUACUGGAUCUAUCUAUUCAUUUGUACCAGAAAAGUCAGUAUUAGGAGGUGUUUUAGUGUGGUAAGUAGGCAAAUUUUAAAAAACAUUUAAUUCAUUAAAACCUCACUAUAAGAUAAGUUAUAGACUUAAUGUAACCUAUGGUGAUGAGAUGUCAGGAUGGUUUUCUUAUAAAUUUGAUUCAUUUUAGUCUCCAUAAAUAACAAAUCCUAAGACAGGAAAUUAGAAUUCAAUAGGGGAUAUAAAAAAAGAGACCACAGUUUAUCAUUAAUUACUAGAAUAAACACAUACAAAUCCAAAAUUGGAUAUAGUAUUGGCAGGAAAUACAAAUAGUGGUUCUUUAGAAGAUGCAUUUAUUUAUGUUUCUGAAUACUUUGUAAUAGUUCAUUAUGUAUUUUAUUUUAAAAUAAAUAAGUGUGCUCCAUUUUGUACUUAAUGUAAUGGUCCAGCAAUAUCAGAUUGUACCUUUGGUUAUAGUGGAUUCAGUUUAAGCUAAUAUUGUGAUACAAAUAAAUACUUGAGUUUUGACAGUUCAACUUAAGUUUAUUCUUGUUAAUCCUGCAAUCAAUUAGGUUGUUUAGAAUGCGAAAGCGAAUCAGUUUGCACAAAAUGUUAAUUUUCUGAUACUAAUAAAUUUUUAUUAGAUUAAGGAGUAUGUUAAUGUUAUCCAUCUGCUUAUUAAUCAGGAUCGAAUUGUAUUUGUAAAAUUAAAAAUUUAUAAAAUAGAAUGUAAUAGAUAUUGUGAAAGCUGUUUUGGAUAAUUAAAAACAUAAUGUUUUACUUGUGUUUCUGAAUUCUAUAGAUCAGUUAAAUAGUAUUAAUGUUUAUGCAUUGAUGGAUAUUAUGAUGAUGGAUAUAAUUUGUAAUGUUUACCUAUUUGUGGUGAUUAAAUAAUCGUAGACGGUGAAGAUUGUGAUGAUGGCAAUAAUAAUCCAUUUGAUGGAUGUUAUUAAUGCAAGUUCUCUUGUUAAGAGAAUUGUUCUUAUUGUUAAAGUGGAAAAUGUUAUGAAUGUAUGGAGGAUUAUCUUUUUAUUGAAUCAAUCCAUAAAUGUAUUAAUAAUUGUGGAGAUUCUAAAGUUUUAGGAAAUGAAGAAUGUGAUGAUAGUAAUAUAUAUCCAUUUGAUGGUUGUAAUUAAUGUUAAUUUUAAUGUUAUGAACAUUGUAUUGAUUGUUUAUUUGGAGUUUGUUACAAAUGUGAUGAAUAGAAUGGCUGGUAUUUAACAGGCAUAAAUUGUGAACCUAUUUGUGGAGAUGGAAUUUUAGUUUAUGGAGUUGAAUAAUGUGAUGAUUAGAAUUAUGAUCCAUUUGAUAAUUGUGAUAUGUGUCAAUUAAGUUGUUCAGAAUAUUGUAAAUAAUGUUCUAAUGGAAUUUGUGUUUAGUGCAUUACAGGAUUUAAAUAUGUAUCUGUUAUUAAGUAAUGUAUACCAAUUUGUGGGGAUUUUUUAAUUGUUGCUAAUGAACAAUGUGAUGAUAAUAAUUUUGCAGAAUUUGAUGGAUGUUAUUAAUGUGAGUUUAGAUGUUAAACACAAUGUACUAAUUGUAUACUAGGAAAAUGUUAUUAAUGUAAUACUCCAGGUUGGGAAUUAAAUUCUUCUGAAUUAAAGUGUGAUAUUAUAUUGGAUGAUAGUAUUGUUUCAUCUAAAACAGAAUAUUGUGAUGAUGGUAAUAUUAUUCCUAUGGAUGGUUGUUAUUAAUAGUAUUAUGAUUGUUAAGAUUCAUGUUCUGUUUGUUAUAAUGGCUAUUGUAUAUUUUGUAAACAAAAUUGGUAUCUAAGACAAUCUGAUAAUCUCUGCUAUCCAAUUUGUGGUGAUAAUCUAAUUGUAGGAAAUGAAUAAUGUGAUGAUAACAAUACAUUGAUGCAUGAUUCUUGUAAUUAAUGUAUUUUUUAAUGUGACAUUAACUGUUUAUUAUGUUCUUUUGGAAAUUGUUCAUAAUGCCAAAUUGGAUUUUAACUACAAAGUGAUAAAUGUAUUGAAAUCUGUGGAGAUGCUUUAGUAGUUGGUCAUGAACAGUGUGAUGAUAAUUAAUAACACAUAGAUUCAUAUUGUCUAAAUUGUUAAAAUUAUUGUGGAACUAGUUGUGCUUUAUGUUUAAAAGGAGGAUGCUAAAUUUGCAUAGAUGGAUAUUCAUUGAACAAUUAUGAAUGCUAACCUAUAUGUGGUGAUAAAAUAAUAGUAGAGAAUGAAUAAUGCGAUGAUGGAAAUGAUUAAGCAUUUGAUGGAUGUCAUAAUUGUAAGUUUUAAUGCUAGGAAGAAUGUUUGAAUUGCUAAUUCGAUUAAUGUUAAGAUUGUAUGCUUGGAUAUAUUAACAACGAAUUUAUUUGUAUUGAAAAUUGCGGUAAUUCUUUAACUACAAAGAAUGAAAGUUGUGAUGAUGGAAACUUGGACGCCUUUGAUGGAUGUUUUAAUUGUAAAUACUCUUGUGAUGAAUAAUGUGAAAUUUGUUAAUAAGGACUAUGUUUCUAAUGUAAAAAUAUUGAAUGGCAAAUCAACAUUAUUAAUUAUAGAUGCGAACCAAUAUGUGGAGAUAAAAUUAUUGUUGGUUAUGAAUAAUGUGACGACGGAAAUAAAGAUAGAUACGAUGGUUGUUUUGAUUGUUAUUACGAAUGUGAAUAAGCAUGUACAAGUUGUAUAUAAGGAAUAUGUCAUGAAUGUAAUACAAUAGGAUGGGUAUUUGAAGAUUUUAAAUGUUUUCCAAUUUGUGGAGAUUUACUUAUUGUUGGAUAUGAAUAAUGUGAUGAUGGUAAUGAUAUUCGAUAUGAUGGAUGCUUUGAAUGUGAAUAUGAAUGUUAGAUAGAAUGCACAAAUUGUAAUAAAGGUAUAUGUGAAGAAUGCAAUACAAGAGGUUGGAUAUUGUAAGGAUAGAGUUGUUAAACAAAGUGUGGUGAUGGAAUUGUUGUGUAACCAUUUGAAGAAUGUGACGAUGGAAAUUAUUUACCCUUAGAUGGUUGUUUUGAUUGUUAUUAUUAGUGUCAAGAAAUUUGUGGUGAAUGUUAUGAAGGCAAAUGCUAUAAAUGUAAUGAAUUAGGAUGGAUAAUAAAAAAUUUCAUAUGUGUUCCACAUUGUGGUGAUGGUUUAAUUGUAGGUAAUGAACAAUGUGAUAGUGGAUUAGUAGUAGCUAGUUAUUGUUAAAAUUGUAAAUUAGUUUGUGAUAAAUAUUGUAUUGAUUGUGAAGAUGGAAUCUGUAAUCUUUGUGAUUAAGGUAGAUAUCUAUAAGAUAACUAAUGUAAUUCAGUAUGUGGGGAUGGAUAUUUUGUUGAUGAAGAUUGUGAUGAUGGUAAUGUUGAAAAUGGAGAUGGAUGCUCAGAAUAUUGUGAAAUUGAAAAUGAUUGGGUAUGCUUAAAUACUCCACUGUAAACUAGUUCAUGUAUUUAUUCUAUCAAUCCAGUUAUGAUUCUCAAUUCUCUUACUUCCUUAUCUGAAAGUGAAGAUAUUGUUUCAAUUACUUUUAAUCAACCUAUGAUGCUCAUGUAUAAUGAAUCUUAUAAUCCUGAUCAUUAUUUCAAAGCAAAUAUUUCUAAUCUUCUAUAUGAAUAAUAUCAAAUUACUUUUGAUUUUAAAGUACCUCCUAAAUUUGGAAAAGUAGAAAACAUUGAAAUUCUAGCUAACAUUAAAUUUUAUGAAAAUAUAGAAGAUCCUAUUCUAAUUAUUCUUCUAAACUAAAGUGCUAUUGUAACUGAAUAUUUAAAUAUUGUUUUAAAUAACGAAAAAUAAAUUAAACUUAAAACCCCUGUUGUUCUUUCCUAAUCUCAAAUUAAUACAUCAGAAAAUGCUAAAUCAUUUAUGAACAUUGUUAUUUAUUUUAUGAUCACUUUAUCUGCAUUUUGCAUUGUAACAGGAUCUUUCGAUAUUUUUUGGAAUUUAAUGGAUUUACUUUAGUAUUUAUCCUAUAUUAAAUACAUCAAUAUUUAAUUUCCAACUAAUCUUAAUAUUUACUUUGAAGUUUUUAAACUAAUUUCAAUAUAACCAAUUAUGGAUUUCACUGGAAUUAGUUCCAUUUUCAAUAUCAUUGAUGGAGAAUAAGAAUAUUUCGUAGAAACUACGAAUAAAUUCAAAUAAGAUGACAUAAAUGGGUAUUUCUAUACAAACUUUUAAAGUUCUAUAUUUUGCUUUUUUGGCUUAUUCUUUGGCUAUUUUAUUUCAAAAGGAUUAACAAAAUUCUUAUAUAAAUUAGGACCUUAUUAAUUAGCUGAAUUUGGUUAUUAUCCAAUGAAAUUCAUUUAUGUUGUAAGAAAUAUAUUAAAAAAAAGCUAUUAAGCUUUUUAUUUUAGUUCGAUAAUAAAAAUGAUAAUGUCAAAUUAUUAUGACAUAAGUUUCUCUGUAUUUAUUUAAUUAAUACAUUUUAAUACAGAAAGCACUAUAUUUUUGAUCAACUCAUAUACUGCUUUAAUCGUUUGUGCUUUACAACUUCUAUUUUUUAUUUACACAUUCAAUAAACAACUUUCAUUUACAAAAAAAGCAACAACAAAGAAUAUUCAACAAUACUCUGCUUUAUUUGAAGGAGUAACUGAUUCUUCUGAUAUUUGGAUUACAUAAUAUAACACAAUCUUGUUAUUAAAAAAAUAAGUUUUUAUAUUUUUAAUUGUUUUUAUGGAUUAAAAUGGUCCCUUACAAACCAUUACAAUAGGAUUAAUUCAAACGAUAUUUUUAUUAUAUGUUUAUUUACAAAAACCCCUUGAAAAUAUUUAAGAGUAUUAUAAAACCUUAGUAGCUGAGGCCCUACUGGCAUUUAAUACUUUAUUAUUUUUAACCUAUUCUUAUAGGUUUUAAUUAGAAUUAUCGAUAGAUGAGUAUAUUAUGAUAGGUUGGAUUCAUAUUGCUAGCUUUAGUUUUAUUUUGAUAUUUUCAUUAAUCUUUGAUUUUAAGACUUAAGCUAUUACUCUAUGUAAAAAAGUCAUGAAAAUCAUAUAAGGAAAUAGACCAUAAGUUGCGACAGGGACAAUUAUAUUUUAUUGA